GGUGGAGGAGCAGCAGGGAGGAGCAGGGAUGCUGUGAAACAUGAAGGUGGACGUGCUGACUUGUCUGACCCUGGCUGCAACCAGCCUCGUUGCCACGGUGACCGGCGGUCGCGGCUCAGGACGCAGGAAGCACAAGGAGGUCUUCCUCGGGGAGAACAGCAAGUUCAAGUUUGGAGGACGCAUUGACUACAAACUGAAGAGGCAGGACAGCACCAAGACGCUGCUCAUAAAAAGUGAACAGCUACUGAGGAUCGAGGAGCACGACUUCGCCAUGAGACCAGGCUUCGGAGGUGCAGCCAUCCCUGUAGGCAUCGACGUGCAGGUGGAGAGCAUCGACAGCAUCUCAGAGGUCAACAUGGACUUCACCAUGACUCUCUACCUGCGUCACUACUGGAAAGACGAGCGGCUGGCGUUUCCGUCCCGCAACAACCAGAGCAGGACGUUCGACUCUCGCCUGGUGAAGAAGAUCUGGGUCCCUGACGUCUUCUUCGUCCACUCCAAACGCUCCUUCAUCCACGACACCACCAUGGAGAACAUCAUGCUGCGGGUUUACCCCGACGGGAACAUCCUCUACAGCGUCAGGGUCACAGUUACAGCUCUCUGCUCGAUGGACUUCAGCAGCUUCCCUCUGGACACACAGAACUGCUCGCUGGAGCUGGAGAGCUAUGCGUACAAUGAGAACGACCUGAUGCUUUACUGGAAGAAUGGGAACGACUCUCUGAGGACGGAUGAAAUCGUCUUGUCUCAGUUCUUCAUCGAGCAUUUCCACGCCUCCAGCGGCCUGGCUUUCUACAGCAGCACCGGUUGGUACAAUCGACUGUUCAUUACCUUCAUCCUGCGGAGGCACAUCUUCUUCUUCAUGCUGCAGACGUACUUCCCCACCAUGCUGAUGGUCGUCCUGUCCUGGGUCUCCUUCUGGAUCGACAGGAGGGCUGUUCCUGCACGAGUCUCUCUGGGUAUAACCACAGUGCUCACCAUGUCCACCAUCAUCACAGGAGUGUCCUCCUCCAUGCCUCAGGUGUCGUAUGUGAAAGCGGUGGACAUCUACCUGUGGACCAGCUUCCUGUUUGUCUUCCUGUCCGUCAUCGAAUACGCGGCGGUGAACUACUGCACCACUCUGGAGGAGAUGAGGAAGAUGAAGAGGGGGAAGAUCCCGUCCACCUUCAACGCCAGCCAGGCGAUGGCCUUCGACGGCUGUUUCCACGACAAUGACAUCGAGUUGACCCCGUUCCCCCAGAUGGCACCCACCCUGACCUCUGACCCUCUCACCACUCCAACCCAAACCCCAGACAUUCGCCCCACGGAGGGAACCCGCCUGCGCCGGCAGCGCUCGGUGCGGGAAAACGUGGACCUGCUGGUCAGCAACAGCUACAUGAUCGACUCGUACUCCCGUCUGGCCUUCCCUCUGUCCUACCUGCUCUUCAACACCAUCUACUGGAGCCUGUACUCCUGAUCCAGCACCGCAGAGUCUCCACAAACUCUGCUGCACAAGUGUUGAGUCAGAGAGCGGGGUUGGAGGAUCCCUCCUCUCCACGGGACUCCACAGACACUUCGCCGAAUUAACUCUUGAUCACAGGAGCCCACGCUCACACAUUCAGCUCCUGCUUCAUCACUAAUCAUCUUCUUUGCAAAAGAGAUUGAGAUAAAAGCACUCGAGUCCUUCAGCCUGAGUGGAAACUCUCUCAUGGGAGGAGACUUUGGAAAGUAAUGAAUCCUGAUUUAUUUUUUAAUAACCUGUACAUGUGACUGUUCUUUCUGUGCAUCAUUACACUAUUAAUGCUCAACAGCUUUAGUAGACUCAUGUUGAAUUCCUUAGCUACAAGGAAGUAUGAAAUUAGGAUCAAAUUAAUGUAAGAUUUUUUUUUUUUUUUUAAAAACAUCCUUUUCCUUUUGAUGAAUGAUGUGAUUGGAGCAAACCAACAACUCUACAUGGAAUUUAAUUUAUUUCUCAAUAGAUUUUGUAAGACUGGCUGUAUAGAUAUUCAAGCCAGUAUUGUGAAGUUGGGUUUUUUAAUAUAUGACUAAUUUAUUGCUGAUUCCAGUGUAUUUUGAGUCCUUAUAGAAGUGAAGAAAGCUUGAGAUGAUUUGAAUAUUAAAAACAAUUGAAGGCCUCAUUGUGGGAUUAAAUCAUGACUGAUUGAAUAACACUAAAUUAACGUUUAUCUGCAUUUAAUUCCCCUUUUUGAAAUUCCCAGAAGGUAAAUUCAAGUUUCAUUUCAUAAACCUGA